AUGGUAAAUGCUGCACAGCAAAGGGCUGCUGCUGUGGCUAAGGAUGUUGCUGCCACUAGUGGAGGGCCUGUAGCAGUAGAACCACUCUCGGCCACAGAGGAAUUCCUGGUGAAUCAGGGAUCCCAAGCAUCCAUCAUCCCAUAUAUCAUGGAAGUAGGUGCCACAGCCUACACAGCAGAGGAGUGUCCAGGAAUCAUGUACCCUACAUGCCAUGCACCCUUCUUUGAUGCAGAAAAUGAAAUUAUACUUGAAGGACUAAGGCAACAUCAUGACAUUUUCUGUCCAAGGGGGAGACAAAUGAGGGAACAGUGGAUGCAUUGUGGGCAGACCUUGUCUGUGAUGAGAAUAGCAUGGGCCAGCAAUGCAGAGCAUACAAUUAGUUAUGGUUCAACAGUGGCACUGCUGAGCAACAGGAAGCAAUUCCCUUCAUUCUUCCGCACUGCUCCUAAUGACAAAUUCCAAUCUAUUGGCAUAGCUCGUCUGAUGAUAUAUUUUGGUUGGACCUGGGUUGGAAUCCUGGUAGAGGAAAGUGACUAUGGACAACAAGGCAGUCAAACAGUUAAAGAAGAACUCCUUAAGUCUGAAGCCUGUAUUGCAUUUUUUGAAUCGAUUCCUGUGGCUUACAGUGAGAGAAAGAUCCAGAGAAUUAUUGAUGUUAUCAAGGGAUCAUCUGCAAAUGUCAUUCUGGCCUUCUCAAUUGAUGAAGGUAUGAAUCCUGUUUUGGAAGUUAUAUCCAAGCAUAACAUUACUAACAAAAUAUGGCUUGCUUCAGAUGGUUGGUUUCACUCUCCCAUCUUUUCCAAUAAUAAUAUUAUUAAAACAUUAAAUGGCACCAUUGGAUUUGCAUACCAGAAAGGUGAAAUGCCUAACUUUAAAGAACAUCUUCUAAAUGUUAAUCCUUUUAAAACUCCAAAUGACAUAUUUGUGAAGGAGUUUUGGAAAGCAGCUUUUAGUUGUAAAUUAUGGCAACAUAAUUUGAGUCAGCCUGCAAGAAACACAGUAAAUGAAGAAACACCGUUUUGUUCUGGGAAUGAAAACCUAAAAGAACUGAGUAACCCCUUCACAGACAUCUCUUCCCUAACAAUGCCAUACAAAGUUUACCAAGCGGUAUUUGCAGCUGCAGAGGCUUUGCAUGACAUGUUUUCAUGUUCUCCAGGUUAUGGCAUCCUGGAAAAUGGAUCAUGCCAUGACAUGCACCACUUUGACCCCUGGCAGCUGUUGACAUACUUGAAGAAAGUACACUUCAGAGACAAAACUGGAGAUGAAAUAUUCUUUGACAUAAAUGGUGACCCUCCAGCUGUUUAUGAUAUUCUGAACUGGCAAGUUAGUGACAGUGGAUUAUCAAGCUAUGUUGAAGUUGGACGAUACAACACCAGUGCCAGCCCUGACUUGGUUAUCGAUGAACAUCAGAUCAAAUGGAAUGGAGGUCACACCCAGGUCCCACGGUCUGUGUGCAGUGAGAGCUGCCAUCCAGGAUACAGACGUUCUAACCUUCAGGGUCAGCCCAAGUGUUGCUACACCUGCAUGUUAUGUCCAAAUGGAGAAAUUACCAACCAGAGUGAUUCCAAUACUUGUUGGAUAUGCCCAGAAGAUUAUUGGUCCAAUCCUGCCAGAAAUCAGUGUCUUCAAAGAUCCGUGGAAUAUCUAUCCUUUGAAGAACCCCUGGGUAGCACUUUGGCAUCUCUAUCGAUUAUCUGCACACUGAUUCCUGUGAUGGUGUUAACCAUCUUUAUGAGACACAGAGACACUCCAGUUGUAAAGGCCAACAACCGGAACAUCAGUUAUCUUCUACUGUUUGCACUGUCUCUCUGUUUCCUUUGUUCUUUGAUUUUCAUAGGUCACCCAGUGAGAGUUACAUGCCUGCUGCGACAAACUACCUUUGGUAUAGUCUUUUCUCUCUGCAUAUCUUGUGUGUUGGCAAAAACUGUUAUGGUAGUGAUAGCCUUCAAUGCGACAAAACCAAAUAGUAACUUAAAAAAAUGGGUCGGACCUGUUCUGCCAAACAGUAUUGUAUUUAUAUGCACCAUGUUUCAGGUUAUUCUGUGUAUAUGCUGGCUAACUAUUUCUCCUCCCUUCCCAGUAAAGAACAGAAAUGUACAACAUGAUAAAAUUAUUAUUGAAUGUGAUGAGGGAUCUGGUAUUGCCUUUUGGUUUUUGCUGGGGUACAUGGGGCUUUUAGCCAGUGUCAGUUUUGUUGUUGCAUUCCUGGCUAGAAAACUACCAGAUACUUUUAAUGAGGCUCAGUUUAUCACAUUCAGCAUGUUGAUAUUUGUAAGUGUGUGGCUUUCAUUUAUCCCAGCAUACCUGAGCACCAAAGGAAAAUACAUGGUUGCAGUAGAAAUCUUUGCAAUCUUGUCUUCUAGUGCUGGACUGUUUUCAUGUUUAUUUUUACCCAAAUGUUAUAUUAUUCUGUUGAGACCUGAGAUGAAUACCAGAGAAUAUCUAAUGGGAAAAGGAAAUGUUAACAUUAAGUAAAGCAAAUAAUGUAAUAAUGGAAUCUGUGGUAAUUAUAAACUAAUGAAACAUACCAUUAUAUUAUUUAUAUUAAUCACGUACCUCACUGAAAUCAGCAAGCAGCCCCACAAUAACCUUAGCAUUGUUGAGCAUUCCCUCUAAGGGUUGGCAGUAGACUCAGCAUUAGAUGUGGAUGGACCAUAUGUGUGCAAUACCAUUGCCUACAUACAGGGGGAGCACACCUGAAUGUACACAUAGGCAGUGGUGGUGCUCCCAGAAUUGUCCUUUACAUACACAAGAAUGACUGUAAAGGCUUUAUUCUUCAAUAAAUUAUGGGUGCUAUAGCUGCACACCAACAAGGUAUGCUGUCCAUUUUUUUUAGCAGUAACAUUGCAAACAUGCCUGAAGUACUACUGCCAACAUGUAUGUGUUAAAUUGGAGGCAGAUAUCUUCAACGUAUGGCAGAGCUAUGCAGCACCACCAAAAUAUUUUGGAUUAUCACAUGAAGAAGUCAAGCAGUUUGUUGCUUACUGGGAAGUCGGUAUGCAGUUUAUUAGCAUAGAAUGUUUCUGAAUCUUAUAACCUGCACAUGGUGUAACAUGCCAUAUUUGGAGCAGCAGUCACACUGGAGUACCUGGUAUCACUUUGUUGUACUUUGCCUCAGAUCAAGAUAAUUAUUUGUAGUCGAAUAGAAAAGAGUAUCACAUUUCAACCACUUCACCCUGACCCUUUUGGAAUCUGAUACUAUCUGUCUUAUAACCUGUACACUAAAUGCAAUGAAAAUAUUAUUUAUUUGUCUUUUUAUUUCAGUAAAUAGUUUUGGUUGCAAUGUUAUUUUUUAUAGGUUACAACACAGACCGUUGCUGCCUCUUCAUGUCAUGGUUAAUUGCAGGGUACUUGUAUCACUAGGUAUAACGAAUUGGGUGAAUAAGCAGAAAACAACACAACAUUCUGACUUCA